AUGAACAUAUCCAAGACGGAAUCCACACUGCUGCAGCGUCAUAUACGGCCAUCCGAGGCAAAUCGAUUCUCUCGAGCAACCGAAAAAACGUGGCGCUCAACUCGGAAACUCGGUUCCCUACUCGAAGACACAGAAGAUCUCACCCGGCGCAAAAUACUAGCUGCAGAGGCGCUACGACGACUCUGGGCCCUCUGGCUCCUUCCCCACUACACGACUAACAAGACACGCAUCCGGCUCUACAACUACUACGUCCUUCCGAUCCUGCUCUACAAUUGCGGGAUAUGGGCGCUGACUACCACGGAUCUCUAG